GUGGUUAAUACGUAAAUUGUGGCCCUUCCACUUAAGAUUACCAUUAUGUUAGUUUGUGUUAGUGAUUUUGAAGUUGGAUUACUCCACCGGAUUACUCUGAAUAUAAAAUGGCCGCAAGAGUCUUGUGUAUAUUAUACCUUCUCGAAGAGGCUAAGAGACGCGAUGAGUUGGAAAAAAGACGCCAAAGUCGCAGAAUACGAAACCUUCGGCAAAUAUCAUCCCACCGCGACUACGUCCUAAAUUUCCGACUCACCAGGGACCUCAUAUCUGCAUUGGAAGGAGAUCUUGUACCAUUACUGCCUCCACGAGUACGACGUGGUGGUCUCAGUCAUCAUAUUAAGAUAAAUGACUGUGAUCUCAAUAUACUGCAUGUGGACGCUACAUUUGGAGGAGCUACACAUGACAGUUUUAUAUUUAAUAACACCGUUAUCCAGCACCACCUAGAACAGAUAAACAAUGCAGGAGAGACAGCAUAUUUGUUAGGUGAUUCUGCAUACGGACAGAGGUCCUACCUGAUGACCCCAUGUGCCAACCCCGAGCCUGGUUCUCCAGAAGAAUACUACAAUACUGUGCAUAGCACAGCAAGAAAUAGCGUAGAGAGAACCAUAGGAAUUUUAAAAGGCAGAUUUAGAUGCCUUCUGGUUCAUAGAGUGUUACACUAUGAUCCAGAAAUGGUUUCUAAAAUUGUUAUAGCUUGCUGUGUUUUGCAUAAUAUUUGUAACAGAGCUGGAUUACCAGCCUUCGAGUUGCCAUAUAAUUUGCAACAUGAAGAAAUUCGGUUGCAAAGUGAGAGUCAUCACUCAUCACGUAGAGCCUGCUGCAUCUUAAAUGAAAUUUCAAGCAAAGUAAAUUAA